AUGCGCCUUCUGAAGCUUAACGACAAUGGCGAGCUGAGCCUGGUCAAGCGAACCGGUGAUCAGGCCCAGAAGUACGCCAUCCUUUCCCACACAUGGGGACCGGAUGGCGACGAGGUCAGCUAUGAAGACCUGAUCAACGGCACAGGCAAAAACAAACCUGGCUUGGACAAGCUCCGUUUUUGUGCGAAGCAAGCAGAUCUGGAUGGGCUGAAUUAUGUCUGGAUUGAUACUUGUUGUAUCAAUAAGGCGGAUUUUACCGAACUUUCAGGAGCCAUCAACUCCAUGUUUCGUUGGUACCAGGAAGCCGUUCUAUGCUAUGUAUAUCUUUCCGACGUUCCUGAUCCCGAGGAUCACUCAUCUACCGUGGAAUCCUUUUCUGCCAGCAGAUGGUUUAAGCGGGGUUGGACACUUCAAGAACUAAUAGCGCCCUCAAAAGUACAUUUUUUUUCACACAAAGGCCAGUUCUUAGGGAGCAAAGUCUCUAGAGCGCAAGAUAUCCAUCAUAUUACCGGAAUUCCUCUCAAAAUCCUUCAAGGAGAGUCUCUAGCUCAAUUUUCCAUCGAUGAGCGAUUUUCGUGGGCGCAAACCCGUCAGACAACAGUUGAAGAAGAUACUGCGUACUGCCUCUUGGGCAUUUUCGAUAUCCAUAUGACACUCAUUUACGGCGAGGGGCGGCGUAAGGCACUAGAUAGGCUCCAGAGAAAAAUACGCAAG